UACGAAUUGUAGGGUUAUAAUUUAUUUGGUUAAUGUUAAUACUUUAUCUUCCCAACUUACUCUCUUUGUACGAAAAAAUCUCUCUUGAAGAAAUAAAACUUUUCAAACUAGCUAACUAAGAGCGCCAAGUUCAGCUCAGAAUUCAUGGCUUCUACUCCAACAUCCUCGAUAUCCCUGCAAAGCAAUGCCCCAAGAUCGUGCUUCCCAUCUUCAUCAUCACCACCAACAAAUUCAUUUCAGGCUAAUCUUAAAUUUUCAUUUUCACUGCACUCAACUAAAGUUGCACGCAUAAGAUCUUCUAGUACUACAAACUACAAUGAAGUUGUUAUUGAUGAAGAAAUGGAUAGGAUCAGGAGGCUUCAAAAUGGUUCCGACGUUCGUGGGGUAGCACUGGAAGGCGAGAAGGGUAGGACGGUGGAUCUUACUCCUCCGGCGGUGGAAGCCAUCGCUGAGAGUUUUGGUGAGUGGGUUAUCCGGCGCUUGGAAAAGGAACGAGGACGAGUGGUUGAGGAUGUGAGGGUCUCACUUGGUAGGGACCCACGAGAAUCAGGAGCUUCUUUGAGUGUAGCUGUGUUUGCAGGCCUUGCUCGUGCUGGUUGUAUGGUGUUUGAUAUGGGACUCGCCACCACUCCAGCUUGUUUCAUGAGUACAUUGCUACCUCCAUUUGCCUUUGAUGCAUCCAUAAUGAUGACAGCGUCGCAUUUGCCAUAUACUCGUAAUGGCUUAAAAUUUUUCACUAAGAGAGGAGGGCUAACCUCGCCGGAGGUUGAGGAGAUAUGUGACAAAGCAGCCCGGAAGUUUGCAAAUAGGCUUGCAAAAGUGUCGACAAUGCUCAACACUCCACCAAAGAAAGUUGAUUUCAUGAGCACUUACGCCAAGCAUCUCCGGGACAUCAUCAAGGAGAAAGUGAACCAUCCCUUGCACUAUGACACCCCUCUUGAAGGAUUUCAGAUAAUUGUAAAUGCUGGAAAUGGAUCAGGAGGAUUCUUCACAUGGGAUGUGCUAGACAAGCUUGGAGCAGAUACCUUUGGUUCACUUCACUUAAACCCAGAUGGAAUGUUCCCCAACCACAUUCCUAACCCUGGGGACAAAACAGCCAUGGCACUAACUAGAACUGCUGUGCUAGAAAAUUCAGCUGACCUUGGAAUUGUUUUCGACACAGAUGUAGAUCGCAGUGGAGUUGUUGAUAAUAAAGGCAACCCAAUCAACGGUGACAAGCUCAUUGCUCUUAUGUCUGCUAUAGUUUUGAAGGAACAUCCUGGAACUACAAUAGUUACCGAUGCCCGAACAAGCAUGGCACUUUCAAGAUUCAUUACCGAUAGAGGAGGACAGCAUUGCUUAUAUCGUGUUGGUUAUAGAAAUGUGAUUGAUAAAGGUGUCCAGCUUAAUAGGGAUGGCAUUGAAACGCAUCUCAUGAUGGAAACAUCAGGACAUGGCGCUCUUAAAGAAAAUCAUUUCCUUGAUGAUGGGGCUUACAUGGUGGUAAAAAUUAUAAUUGAAAUGGUGCGUAUGAAACUAGACGGAUCAGAUGCAGGUAUUGGCAGUCUCAUAAGAGAUCUUGAAGAGCCUUUAGAAUCGGUAGAGCUAAGGAUGAAUAUAAUCUCUGAGCCUAGAGACGCCAAAGCAAGAGCCAUUGAGGCAAUUGAAAAAUUUCGAAGCUGCAUUGAGGAAGGAAAACUCGAAGGUUGGGAAUUAGACUCCUGUGGAGACUGUUGGGUAAGCGAUGGCUGCCUCGUGGACACAAACGACACUCCAGCUGCUGUGGAUGCUUACAUGUACAGGGCUAAGGUAUCUGAUAAAAAAAAUAGAGAAUACGGUUGGGUACACCUGAGGCAGAGCAUUCACAAUCCAAAUAUCGCUGUAAAUAUGCAGUCAAUGGUCCCUGGAGGAUGCCAUUCCAUGACAAAAGUUCUUAGAGACAGAUUUCUCGAGGCAAGUGGAGUAGACAAAAUCUUAGACAUCUCUCAGAUCGACAAGUAUGCUAGGACUGGACUAGUGAAAUGAGAUGAAGCUUUCAUGAAUAAUUGGAACGGCUUUAAUUACAAUUUAUAGAGAGAAUUUAUACUACGUACAGUUUCCUAUUGAAAAUCCAUCAACUCUGUAAUAUACAAACUAAUUAUAGCAUACCCUUCAUCUGUAGUUUAUUAUUUUAUAUCAAAUCAAAGGGUAAAUAUAAA